AUGCCAUCAUUCAGGCGUCUUCUGCCCAUCGCCCUCUCGCUCGCGGCCGCUACAACGGCAGCCACUUGUCCGCAGAACUGGUUACAGGACACCGCAGUUAACGGCGGUUCCAAAUGCUGCUAUGGCAACAUGAUUAUUGACGGCCGCAAUGCCUAUUGCUGCGUUUACGACAUGACUCCCAAAGUGAUAACCACUAUUGUUUCGACUUCGAGUACUUUCGAACCCUCGUUUAUUACUACUCCCGAUUGCUUCGCAAAGGUUCCCUUCACUGCGAGCGACUAUUCGGAUCAGGUCUCUUCAGCAUCAUCGAAGGUUGCAGCUGCCGCCACAACUAUUGCGACCAACGAGGCGAUUUCCACGAGCGCAAGUUCGACCACGAGCUCAGGGUCUGCAGCUACCACCACUAAUGCGGCCAUGCCGAUUGCCACAGCUCAUGAAAUGGUGCUAGGCGGUGCCGCAGUCGCUAUCGGUCUUUUCAUGCUGUGA